AAUAAUUUAUAUUUUAUUUCAUUUUAUAUAUAGAGGUGGGUGACGAUGUAAUGACAGGCAUUCAUGUAGUUUUAUUCGAAGAAUUAGUUUGCUCUAAAGACAAUUAUUAUGAUGUACUCAUUCCCAAUGUUUUAUAUGCUCGUUAUAACUGCAAUGGUCUUAACUGCUGAUGGACAGAUAAACCGUUACAUAAAUCCUGCCUGGCUGGAAAUGGAUGCUAACAGUGAAUACUAUCCUGGUGGCGAAGUAAUAAGUCAAAUUCUUCAAGCUUACGGUUUAGGAGAUAGUUAUGGACCUUCACGGCUUAGAUCAUCCGUUCUUGAUCGGAAUGGUUACGGGAGAUCUUAUCCAAGAAACCGAAUUAUAAACAAUUUGAACAAUGCAUACGACUCAGAUCCUUCAUUAACUCAGGAAUACGUUGAUCGUAAUUAUGAUUAUGUGGACAACACAAUCAGGGGUUCUAACCAUAGAUAUAGGAAUAGUUUGGUCGAUAUUCCUCGGAGAACUAGGAUUAAUAUGGUUUCGGCGCCGAGGACUACUUAUUACCCAGCUGAUUACGUAGACCGAGAUCCUCCAUCACUAUCUUACUCUAGGUCAAGAUCAGUAAUCGCGGAUCCGUCCAUGUCGCAGGAAUUAGUAGUACGGGGCCGAGAAACAUCAAGACUUAUCCCAAGAUCAACUGUGGCAACCGAAACCAACGAAAAACGCAAAAUGUAGCAAGUUUUCAUACGUAUAAUAAUACAAUCUAUUAUAUUAUAUUAUGUAUAAUAAGUCCAGUAUCUAGUAUGAUGUGUGGCUUGUAAAAAAAAUGAAAUUAAAAUCAAGUAUUUUGACUCUAGAAUACAUGUCCUAUAUAUAUAUUACAAAGUUGGUGUAUAAUAAAUUGACUUCUUUCACGUUUCUUAUAUCGUAAAUAAAAAAAAAAUAUUUAAUUUAUUUUUGUUCAGCUUAUUUUUCCUAUUAUUAUGCAAUCUACGGAUCACGAUUCUUGGCGACGCGAGUGAAUUAAUGCGUGAUUUUUGGCUAUGCUACCAAACUAUACCUAAUGUUAUAAGAAA